AUGUUCUGUUCCUAAGAGAAAAUUGAGCAGCAGACAGAAACUGUAUGGGAUUUUUGAGGAUGCUAAGGUGACUCGAAGAAUUGACCGGAGAUGGGAAAAUCAAGAUGGUGAAGAUGGAAAUAAGGGUAUGGUACGUGUUAAUGCCCAUCGCCUUGGUUACACAGGCUGUGUCGAUGUCAAGGAUGUGGAAGCUUCAAAUGAAAGGUUUUAUUACAAGGAUCAUCUUCCUAUCUUCAAAUUGACACAUCAGUCCCGACCGUCACCAAACCAGGAGGCUAGAGAGGAGGGAGCUUCAGAAGCCCCUUAUAAAGAGGAGGAGGGGAGGCUGAAAAAAGGGGACAAGGUCACGAUAGGGGUGGAUCUAGAUACCCUCCAGGUGAUUCUGAAAGAGUCCAAGAACUGGGACGAGAGAAUCAUAGAGUGUAUUGGAGUGAAUGGAUCAGUACUGCUUGUCAAUGGACAACAAAUCACGGUGGAUUUUAGCGGCAAAGAGUGGACUCUUCCUGAAAUGGCUUUAGCCAAGAUAGAGCAGUAUGUGAAGGACCAAGUCGUGAAGGUAGAAAAUGAUGCAACAAGUGUACAGCAUCUUCAGAGUGGACAUGGGCCUUGGCAGGAAAGCAUGAAAAAGUUCCUGGGGAAGAAGGGUCGAGUUGUGAGCGUGGAUUCAGACGGAGACGUGAUUGUCUGCUUUGGGAUCCAGCAGAUUAAGUUCAACCCUGAGUGUCUGACGCCAUCUGGUGGUAGUCCUGAUGAAUUUAAAGAGGAGGAGGCAGCACAGCCAUCAGAGGACACUGAUGAGAAAGGUGAAGAUGUUCCACCACCUCAGGCUCAGAAGGAACGUGAAAUCCAUGACGUCUUGAGUUCUGUGACAGGAAGACAGUAUCUGGGAGAAAGUUCUACCACCACUCAACAAUGCACCUCAGAGCGAACUCCACCGCGCACCCCAGAUCAUACACCCCAGAGCACUCCUCAGUGCACUCCACCUAGGUCUUGCUCUCCCUCCCCUGAUGAACGGAGAUCUCGAAGCUCUUCAGAUGUACGGUCAUGUGAAGAACCAGGUAUGGUAUUUGACAUUGGAAUUCGUGUGGUGAGAGGACAGAACUGGUGCUGGGGGGACCAGGAUGGAGGGGAGGGACACUUAGGGACCGUGGUAGAUAUCGGACUCGAGGGGAGUUCUGGGAAGGUGCCCCCAAUGUGUGCUGAGGUCCAGUGGGACAAGGGAUACAGGAACAUGUACAGAGUGGGGUACGAGGGGCAGUGCGACCUCAGGAUAUUCGAUACAUCAGCCCUGGGAAUCAAGCAUGACAGACAGUGUACCAACCCGGACUGUGAAGAACCAGAAAUAUUCGGGAUGUUGUGGCAAUGUGACCAGUGCUCAGAUGUUGUGCUAUGUAGUAACUGUUACCAUAGUGACAAACAUGACAUCAUACACAAAUUCACGCGGUUUGACUACCCCAGUCACGAAGGAUGUUCUGUUCCUAAGAGAAAAUUGAGCAGUAGACAGAAACUGUAUGGGAUUUUCGAGGAUGCUAAGGUGACUCGAAGAAUUGACCGGAGAUGGGAAAAUCAAGAUGGUGAAGAUGGAAAUAAGGGUAUGGUACGUGUUAAUGCCCAUCGCCUUGGUUACACAGGCUGUGUCGAUGUCAAGGAUGUGGAAGCUUUAAAUGAAAGGUUUUAUUACAAGGAUCAUCUUCCUAUCUUCAAAUUGACACAUCAAUCCCGACCGUCACCAAACCAGGAGGCUAGAGAGGAGGGAGCUUCAGAAGCCCCUUAUAAAGAGGAGAAGGGGAGACUGAAAAAAGGGGACAAGGUCACGAUAGGGGUGGAUCUAGAUACCCUCCAGGUGAUUCUGAAAGAGUCCAAGAACUGGGACGAGAGAAUCAUAGAGUGUAUUGGAGUGAAUGGAUCAGUACUGUUUGUCAAUGGACAUCAAAUCACGGUGGAUUUUAGCGGCAAAGAGUGGACUCUUCCUGAAAUGGCUUUAGCCAAGAUAGAACAGUAUGUGAAGGACCAAGUCGUGAAGGUAGAAAAUGAUGCAACAAGUGUACAGCAUCUUCAGAAUGGACAUGGACCAUGGCAGGAAAGUAUGAAAAAGUUCCUGGAGAAGAAGGGUCGAGUUGUGAGCGUGGAUUCAAACGGAGACGUGAUUGUCAGCUUUGGGAUCCAGCAGAUUAAGUUCAACCCUGAGUGUCUGACGCCAUCUGGUGGUAGUCCUGAUGAAUUUAAAGAGGAGGAGGCACCACAACGAUCAGAGGACACUGAAGAGAAAGGUGAAGAUGUUUCACCACCUCAGGCUCAGGCGGAACGUGAAGCCCGUGAUCUCCUGAGUUCUGUGACAGGAAGACAGUAUCUGGGAGAAAGUUCUACCACCACCCAACAAUGCACCCCAUAUGGUAAACCACCGCGCACCCCAGAUCAUACAACCCAGAGCACCCCUCAUCGCACCUCACCUAGGUCUUGCUCUUCCUCCCCUGAUGAACGGAGAUCACAAAACUCUUCAGAUGAACGGUCAUUUGAAGAACCAGGUAUGGUGUUUGACAUUGGAAUCCGUGUGGUGAGAGGACAGAACUGGUGCUGGGGGGACCAGGAUGGAGGGGAGGGACACUUAGGGACCGUGGUAGAAAUCGGACACGAGGGGAGUUCUGGGAAGGUGCCCCCAAUGUUUGCUCAGGUCCAGUGGGACAAGGGAUACAUGAACAUGUACAGAGUGGGGUACGAGGGGCAGUACGACCUCAGGAUAUAUGAUACAUCAGCCCUCGGAAUCAAACAUGACAGACAGUGUACGAACCCAGGCUGUGAAGAACCGGAAAUAUUCGGGAUUUUGUGGCAAUGUGACCAGUGCUCAGAUGUUGCGCUAUGUAGUAACUGUUACCAUAGUGACAAACAUGACAUCAUACACAAAUUCACGCGGUUUGACUACCCCAGUCACGGAGGAUGUUCUGUUCCUGGGAGGCAGUUGAGCAGUAGGCAGAAACUCUUCGGGAUUUUCGAGGAUGCUAAGGUGACUCGAGGAAUUGACCGGAGAUGGGAAAAUCAAGAUGGUGGAGAUGAAAAUAAAGAUAUGGUAAGUGCUAAUGCCUAUCGCCUUGGUAAAGGCUGUGUCGAUAUCAAGGAUGUGGAAGCUUCAAAUGAAAGGUUUUAUUACAAGGAUCAUCUUCCUAUCUUCAAAUUGCCAGAUCAGUCCCGACCUGAACCAAACCAAGCUGUUAGAGAGGAGGGAGCUUCAAAGGCCCUUUAUGAGGAGGAGGGGAGGCUGAAAAAAGGGGACAAGGUCAAGAUAGGGGUGGAUCUAGAUACUCUCCAGGCGAUUCUAAAAGAGUCCAAAAACUGGGACGAGAGAAUUAUAGAGAAUUACAAAAUCAUAGAGUGUAUUGGAGAGAAUGGAUCAGUGCUGUUUGUCGAUGGACACCAAAUCACUUUGGAUUUUAGCGGCAAAGAGUGGACUCUUCCUGAAAUGGCUUUAGCCAAGAUAGAGCUGUAUGUGAAGGACCAAGUCGUGAAGGUAGAAAAUGAUGCAACAAGUGUACAGCAUCUUCAGAGUGGACAUGGGCCUUGGCAGGAAAGCAUGAAAAAGUUCCUGGGGAAGAAGGGUCGAGUUGUGAGCGUGGAUUCAGACGAGGACGUGAUUGUCAGCUUUGGGAUCCAGCAGAUUAAGUUCAACCCGGAGUGUCUGACGCCAUCUGGUGGUAGUCCUGAUGAAUUUAAAGAGGAGGAAGCCCCACAGCGGUCAGAGGACACUGAAGAGAAAGAUGAAGAUGUUCCACCACCUCAGGAGGAACGUGAAAUCCACGACCUCUUGAGUUCUGUGACAGGAAGACAGUAUCUAGUAGAAAGUUCUACCACCACCCAACAAUGCACUCCAGAGCGUACACCACAGCGCACCCCAGAUCAUACACCCCAGAGCACCCCUCCUAGGUCUUGCUCUCCCUCUCCUGAUGAACAGAGAUCACAAAGCUCUUCAGAUGAACGGUCAUGUGAAGAACCAGAUGCAGGUCUGAGAGAUCAGUAUAAGGAGGCUAUAAAGAAAAGAAAAACCAAAGAAAUCUUAAAAGUGCUAAAGAGAACCCCAGCACUCGCGAUGCAGAAGGCAGACUCUGGACAGACAGACAGCUCCCUGGGAGAGAAACUGGAGAUCGCGGCUCUGCUGAACCAACAUAACGUACAGAAGGGGCUAAGGAACAAUGAGGGGAAGACGCCCCUAAAGGGCGCCAUGUCACAGUCAAGGAGUGGGAGAGUGCAGAACCUCAUACAGGAAAAUCUGAAUCCAAUAGUACCUCCCAUUACACCACCGAAAUGUCAAAUGUAUAAAGAAGAUGCUGCCAAGCUUAAGAUAAAACCCUGCGGGUGUCUGUUGUCUAAAGAAUGCAUCCCAAAGCAACUGAAAAAAUGUCCCAACUGCAAAGAGCUUGUGGCCAGCAUAGGCCAAAUGUGAAGCCCUGGAUCAAGUCACCAGAGAUUAACAAAACUUAAUCUAAGUUGUUUUUGGAAGUGAUAAACAAGAACCUGUUUGAUUCUACAUGUUGAGUUAAGAGAAGCAGUAGAUUUACCUCAUGUGACACUGAAGCCCUGAAGAUAAAAAAAAUUGUUCUAAAUAUCACAAUUAUUCUGCUGAAAAUUAUCAAAUCUAUUGUGGCAAAUACUUUUUUGUAUAAACUUUUGCCCCCUCUUCCUAAAAUUAAUAAAUUAUAUUGUGAUAUACGUAUAUGCACAUGAAAAAGUAUUUUACUUCAUUUUUGACAAAAUGAUAUCUAAUAUAUAAAUCUGAAAUUAUGUAUAUGAAAACAUGCCUUCAUAGGAAUUUUCAUUCUAGGUAAUCAUUACUGUAACUAGUAGUCUGAAAUUUGAAAAUUGUUUGCAGAGGGAGGGAAUUUUUAAAACUGUUAUUGUUUGCAGGCAUAGUAUUAAAUAACUAAAAGAU